AUGGCAAACCCGAAGGCCUGUGCCUGUUUUCUUUUCCUUUCCCUUCUCUUGUUUUUUUCUUUGUCUAUAGCGUUAACUGAUGGCGAGGUAGCAUAUAUUGUCCGCCGCCAGCUUUUGACUCUCCCUGAGGAUGGAGACUUUUCCGUUGAUAUGUCAUUUGAGUUCGAUGUCAAUAUCAAUAUCAACUUUGAGAAUUCAAAGCUAAGACAAGCUUAUAUUGGCCUCCAGGCGUGGAAGAAAGCCAUCUAUUCUGAUCCAUUAAAAUUUACGGCUAAUUGGGAUGGCCCUGAUGUCUGCGCCUACACGGGUGUAUUCUGUGCACCUGCGCUAGACGAUCCCAAAACAACCGUGGUUGCUGGUGUCGAUUUGAAUCAUGCCAACAUUGCAGGACAUCUCCCUGUUGACAUCGGGCUUCUAGCCGAUGUUAGCCUUAUUCAUCUGAAUUCCAACAGGUUUUGUGGAAUAAUUCCAAAGAGCAUCUCUAAAUUAAAACUUCUUUACGAGCUCGAUGUUAGUAACAAUCAUUUCGUUGGAUCUUUCCCUAAGUUUGUCUUGGAUUUACCCACUCUCAAAUACCUCGAUAUAAGGUACAAUGAUUUUGAAGGGGCUUUGCCUCCCGAACUCUUCCACAAGGACCUUGAUGCUAUUUUUGUUAACAACAACCGAUUCCACUCCAACAUCCCCGAAAGCUUUGGCAAUUCCCCAGCGUCAGUAAUUGUGAUUGCCAAUAACAAAUUCACUGGAUGCAUUCCAACCAGCAUUGGCAAAAUGGGUAACACAAUGGAGGAGGUUCUUUUCUCGAACAAUGUUUUCUCCGGUUGCUUGCCCGAGGAAAUUACACUAUUGAAUGGCACAAUCAUUAUUGACUUAAGCAGCAACAAGUUAAUUGGAGACCUGCCUGAAGGUUUGGAGUAUCUGCAGCAAGUAGAAACCUUAGAAAUUUCAAACAACAUGUUCAGAGGAAAUGUCCCUGAAACAGUUUGCAGCUUACCAAAUUUGAAGAAUUUCUCGUUCUCUUCCAACUACUUUACGGCCAAGGAUCCAAUGUGCGAACCCAAUGCAGUGCAAGACCUUUGCGUGGAUGACAAAAAUAAUUGUUUCCCAGGAAAGAACCAAAGAUCGGAAAAGGUAUGCAAGGCUGCCUUGAGUUGGCCUGUGAAUUGCACUGCUACAGGCUGCAGACCUUCAAACCCAGGCAUUGGUUCAAAGCCCCCACAUGAACCAACUCCAUCGCCAAAGCCUGCAGCUCCGCCAAGGUAUAAGCCUGUCCCACCACAGGAGAAACCUCCUUCCACCCCAUCGGCACCAAAACCACAGUUACCAAAGCCCGAGACACCAAAGGUUUCGCCUUCUUCACCAUCCCCGCCAAGUCCUAAACCAAAGCCUCCACAACCACCAAAGGCUUCUUCUCCACCUUCCACCACCAAACCCCCACCAGUUGCCUCACCCCCUCCACCUCCACAAGUUCUGUCUCCACCACCGCCAAGUCCAAAAUCAAAGCCUCCACAACCACCAAAGGCUUCUUCUCCACCCCCACCAAGUCCAAAACCAGUUCCAACACCAAAACCUUCUAAGCCAUCUCCCUCACCAGCACCUUCUAAGUCGGUGAAACAGAAUCCACCACCAUCAAAUUCCACCCCAUCACCCCAAGCACCAGUUUCCUCGUCACCUCCUGUUCAAUCAAUGGCUCCACCACUAGUUGUCCACUCGCCAAGUCCAACCCCAGUAUUAGCUCCAACACCCAAACCUUCUAAGCCAAAUCACUCACCAGCACCUGCUCCAGACCCAGUAAAAUCAAUUCCACCACCACAGAAUUCCCCGCCAUUACCCUCACCACCUGUUCAGUCGCCACCACCUCCAGUCCACUCAGCACCUCCACCUGUUUUCUCCCCACCACCUCCUGCCCAUUCUCCACCUCCACCAGUUUCCUCCCCACCACCUCCUGUCCACUCACCCCCUCCGCCAGUUUCUUCACCCCCUCCACCAGUUUCCUCCGCACCACCAGUCCACUCACCACCUCCACCUGUUUUAACCCCACCACCAGCCCAUUCGCCACCUCCACCAGUUUUCUCCCCGCCACAGCCACCACCACCACCACCACCACAACCGACUCUAGUCUUGUCUCCUCCAAUGCAGUCUCCGCCACCCCCAGCUCCUGUGGAGUCGUCACCACCAACCACAUUUGACGACACCCCGCUCCCACCAAAUUUGGGCUUCCAGUACGCAUCCCCACCGCCACCAAUUUUCCCGGGCUAUUAA